AUGGUUACAGACGAAUGGUACGUCCAGGCAACUGAAGAGACCACAUCCUUCCCAAACUUGUUAAGUCCUGUGAUAACUGAGUUUCCAUCCACUUGCGCUUUUCUUGUUGCAUUCAUAGUGACCACAGCUAUUGCAAGAGGUGGCUCCUGGUGCACCCGCAAUGAGAGAAGUGCUCUGACCACAUUUGCAACAGGUCAUGAUGGUUACUGCAUCAACAGCUGGGCCGCCGAACUCGUCGAGGUUGGUUGGGUUAUUCAUGGUGAUAUAUUCGGCAAGAAUUGGGGUAGUUUGGUUUUGAGAAACAACGGUCUUGAGCUUCUGAUAGCACAUGGCGAUUAUCUUGUCAAGUGUUUCGGCUUUUUGUUUCGCUGA